AUGUCACGCAGCCCAAGUUUCUACAAGACGCUGCUCGUCCUCGCAGCAUUCCUCGUCUUUACUCUGUCCUUUGCACCAUCAGCGGUUGCACAUCAUGACAAUGAAGCAGAGCAUCAGACAGCCGUUAGUGUUGCUGGUGAACAAGCAGCACAGACGCCCGUAGAACUCCCACCAACGACCGCUGCAACUCCUUCGCCUACCAAAAAGGUCUAUCCUCCCUCUGAGCUCGUCGUCGAAACGCUGUUCAAACCUGACAACGCCGGAAGAGCCGCGGAAGAUUAUGACAGGGUCUAUGUCCACUAUGUCGGAACUCUCUGGGACGGAACCCAAUUCGAUUCGUCCGUCGAGCGCGCACAACCAUUCGGCUUUUCUCUCAGCCGCCACCAGGUCAUCAAGGGUUGGGAUUUGGGUGUCAAGGGCAUGGUCGUCGGAGAAAAGCGCAAGCUCAUCAUCCCUCCCCAUCUCGGAUACGGUGAUCGCGGGUUCCCACCCGUCAUCCCUGCGGGCGCCACGUUGGUCUUUACGGUCGAAAUGAUGGAGAUUCAGCCCGCGCAUCCUGAUCUCUGA